AUGGAGGAGCGCACCUUGACCUAUCUCUGGGAAGAGAGGGACGGCGUCGCUGCCUUGGCGUGGAGGCUGCAUGUGAACUGGAGGAUUCCCCGAGCAGCCUUCCAGGAGUUCCACAAGACGAAGGCAGCACGUCGCAAGAAGGUGCCCGUAUCGGAGACUGCUGCCCAAGAAGAGGCGCCCGAGCUUGCACUGACUCCCGACUCUGAGCACGCCAAGCUCUUAAACCAGGUUUUGAAGGAGGUCCAGUCCAUCCAGCCAGACCAAGAGGUUGCAGAGGUUGGUUUUGAGCGCGUGGAGUCGGAGCAGAGCCAGGCGAUGUCAUGGACGCUCAACGGCACCGAGGUGCAAGCGCUUCUCGGGGACACGAGCACUGAGGAUCUACGUGCAGCCGGGGUCGGCGAGGAGGCCAAGAGCCCGCAGGCUCUGAGUGGAUCUCGUACCCAGGACGACCUUGAGAGGCACUUGAAGGAUCUCAUGGCCGGGGCAGACGUCGAACAGGUGGUGACGAAGCUAGCAGAGCCCACGCCAAUGGAGGUUCGGGUUGUGACGGUGUCCCUGUCAGUGCCGGUGAUUUUUCACACAGCACGAAAAAACGUGGUUCGCGGCACCGGCUCAGAGAAGGGCUGUCCCAGUCAUUCCCUCCCUUUUGAUCAACCGCAGAAAGCGAUGUUUAGACUUUUGUCGAUAUGCGCCGGUGCCUAUGCACUGAGUGCUCCUGAGGAUUCUCUUGCGAGGGACGACGAGUGCUCGGACGCCUCUUGCUCUGUGAAUGCCCUUCAGAGCAAAGUGAGCCUGCGUUCGGAGCAGAGCUGCAAAAAUGCAGUGCCGGGUGACGUCUGCUACAGGAACAUCAUGUGGGCAAAGCAGACAGGCAUCCGCCAGCAUCCAAGCUGGUAUCCAGGGCUGACAGCCUCUUCUAGCAACGCUGCCUUCCAGGAGAUCGUCCAUUCACAUUCGCCCGACAAGUGUGCCUUGCCAUGUGCAAACACGGCGGGAUGCCACACAGCUCAGAAAGGCGAAUCGUGCUACAACGACAUCAUGUGGGCAAAGCACACGGGCAUCCGCCAGCAUGCGCAUUGGUAUCCUGGCCUUUCCUCCUCCUCCUCGGAUGCCGAGUUCCAAGCCAGCAUCCACCAAAAGCGCCCUGACAAAUGCCCGGAGCCGUGUAUGGAGCCAGCUGAGGUGCCAGCUGAAAAGCCGGAGGUACCCGAGCCUGCGGCACCUGCGGCACCCGAAGCUGAAAAGCCUGCAGCACCUGCCGAAGAGCCCAUCAUCCCGCCGCAGACUCCAAGUCUCGUGCCCCCACCAGAGAUCGAGGAACCCGAGGAGGAGACUCCCGAGGAGCCCAUUCCCGGGAUUAUCCCGAUGCCAGAGGAUUUGAAGCCAGGGAACGAGCCCCAAAUCAUCAUCCCGGUGACGGAGAAGCCUGCCGCGCAGCCAUCCCCUCCGCCGGCCCAGCAGCCGCAGCAUGAGUCGCACCCGGAGCCGGAGCCAGACAUCAAUCGCUACCCACAGUGCCCUCGCGAGCCUCAGUCCGCCCGGGAGGCCUGCGAGCAGCAGGCGAUCCAGCAGGAACAGCGGGAGCGGGAGGAGCGAGAACGCCAAGAGCGCGAAGAGGACAAGGAGCACGAGCGCAACACCCCGCUGGAUGUGAGGCAUCAGGAGAUCAUCGAAGAGAUUGGGGGUGAGCCAUCAGUAGGUGGAAUUCCAGAGUUUGACGACCCAGACCGCUGCCGACUGGAGGCUGAGAGGGCCGAGGCUGAGCGCCGUCGCCAGGAAGAGGAGCGCCUACUGGAAGAAGAGAGGCUUGCCAAAGAAGCGGCUGAUCGCGCGGAGCGCGAGGCGGAGGAGGCGGCCGAGCGAGAGCGCCUGGAGCGCCUGGAGCGCCUGGCUGCGGCGGAGCGGGAGAAGGCCGCGGCCGAGGCCGCAGCGGCCGCGGCUGCGGCUGCGGAGCGCGAAGCCGCGGAGGAAGCCCGGCGGGAGGCGGAGCGAGCACGGGCGGAGCGCGAAGCCGCGGAGCGCGCGGAGCGCGAGGCGCAGGAGGCGGCGGCGCGCGAGGCGGAUCGACGGAAGCUGGCUUUAGAGGCAUUGUGUGAAGCCAUGGCGAGCCGAAGCAAGGAGCAGAUCGAGAUCUGCCUGCAAACGGCAGAGGUCGGAGUCUCCGGCAAACACUGUGAUUUCAGUCGCUUGAAUCGAACUGGAGCGCUGAGCAUGCGGAAGGAAGACGGGAUCCCGGAGAAGGAGGCGGAGGCUGCUGUGCGGGUGCUUCAUCAGAUCGCCGAGAUGGAGGCGAUCCGCGCGGCGGAGCAUCGCCUGCGUGGAGCCUGUGGCGACGGGGAUCCCGAGGAGAUCGUCCGUGCCAUCGCCCACGCGACAGAGGUGGGUGUGGGACGAGACACCAUAGAUGCGGCCAACGAGACACUCUCCAAGAUCCGAGAAGAGAUCCAGAAGCGGGAAGCGGCCACGAAAAGGCUCCGCGAGAUCCUGCUGAAGCCGUGGCCAAACCCUGAAAGCAGUGAAACUCUGGAGGAGCGCAUCUCCGCCCUUUCCGAGGCAAUCUCGACUGGCAAGGCCUGCCGGGUUCCGCAGGCGGACCUGCAGGCAGCAGCAGAGUCUCUGCAAGUUCUCGAAGGCCUUGAGCGUCGGGAACUCGCCACACAGGCCCUGAUGCAGGCCCUGGAGUCUCAGGACCUCCAGGCCGCCAAGAAGGCCUACAGCCAUGCGAAGGAGUGUGGCCUCUCUGUGGAGGAGCUGGUCUCGUUCGAGCACCUGCUGCGCGACUUGUCUGACGCUUUGGAGCUUGCUGGCGACAAGGAACGGCUGAUGGAGCGGCGUGUUGCCGCUGCAGUGGAGGCGAAGAGCCAGGCAGAACGCAUGGAAUCCUCCGCUGAAGUAGAGAAGAUGCUUGGCGAAGGCGGCGUCAUUUUGGUGCUCAAGGAUGCCAUCCAAGAAGCCAAGAAAGCGCGGCUGGUGAGCAAGGGAGCCAUCGCCAGAGCGGAGGCCGUUGUCCCGGAGACCAUCGCCGAUCUCAAACGCAUCAUUGCUGACAAGCAGCUGAACGAGAAGCGCGUGGCAGAGCAGCGUCUGCGUGGCGAGGUGGAGCUGGUGCAAGAAGCAGGGAUCCUCCAUGUUGGCGUUUUGGAGGGCUUGCGCAACGCUAUUGCCGAAGCCACCCGCUUCAGCGCUGACGUCAGGGAUGCGGAGCAGGUCUUGGCGCAGCUGACGAGAGACCUGGAGAAGAUGACACUGGAGGCCAAAAGCGCACUUUCCCAGGCUUUCGAGUCUCGCAGCCCCGUGGAGAUCCGGAAAGGCAUCUCGGCCUGCCGGCAGCUUCUGCUGAACGAGGAGCAUGCCGGCGCCAUGGUGCAGCUUCGGAGCAUCACCGAGGAGGACAUCGCCUUGGCUCGGAGCGAGCACGACCGAGAGGCCCGUAUGGCCCGAGUUGCCAUCCUGGAGCAGUUCGUGGGAAUUCUCCGGGACAACGGUGACAAGCAGCUGCGGGGAUUCCACAACGACCUUCAGGAUCUGAAGGGCGCGCUCCGUGUCUUUUGCAGGGUCAGGCCCCUGAAUGGGCGAGAGAUCAAGAAGAACGACACAAUCGCUGUGGAGAUCUUGGACGCAUUCACUGUUGCCGUGAGCAAAUCCGAGACCGACAAGCAGACCUUCGCGUACGAUGCUAUCUUUGGUCAAGGUAGCUCCCAGGCGGAUGUCUUCGUGGAGUGCAAGGGCUUGGUGCAGAGCAUGAUCGACGGAUACAACGUGACGGUUUUCACGUACGGCCAAACUGGAGCCGGAAAGACAUGGACGUUGUACGGCUCCGGCGCGGAGCCUGGUCUCUCGCCUCGACUGUGCGAGGAAGUGUUUCGUGUGGUUCACAGAGAUCGAGAGAAGCUCGAGUUCGAAGUACGGGCCUCCAUGAUCGAGCUCUACCUGUCUGACCUGCGCGACUUGCUUUCCAAGAACAAGGAGCCUCCCAAGCUGGAGUUGAAGAGCUACAAGCAGGCAGAUGGCACCGUUGGUCAGCGGCUGGAAGGUGUCACGGAGACGCUGGUGCGCUCAUCCGACGAUCUCGUCAAGGCUAUUCUGAAGCCGGGAUGGGAGGCUUUUGCUUGCCAGGCCUGUGACUUCGAUGUGUGCUCUGCGUGCAAAGAAAACGGCCUUACGAAACCUGAUGCUCAACUGGAGAAGAUGAAGAAAAGGAUUCAUGGCUACACCACCCGACCACGAAGCUAUGCUGACGAGGGCAAGCAGGCAGCAGCUCGGGCCCUGUUGCCGGCAGCUUUCACAGACGGAGCCCACGCGCGUUGGGGGCCAGUGUUGCUUCUGGAACUGCUGAAAUGGUUUAAGUCCGACUUCUUCAAGUGGGUUGACAGCCCUUCCUGCGAACAUUGCUCCACAAAAACCUCGCUGAAGCAUGAAGGCAUGACUGAACCUUGCAAAGAGGAGCUUCGCUACGGAGCGACUCGCGUCGAAGCUUGGCGCUGUGAUGGCUGCCAGUCGUUGGUGAGAUUUCCACGGUACGAUGACCCUGAACGGCUCCUUGAGACUCGGCGAGGCAGGUGCGGCGAGUGGGCAAACUGCUUCACGCUGAUCGCGACCGCUUUGGGCUACCAGGCCAGGCUGGUCGUAGACUGGACUGACCAUGUUUGGACGGAAGUCUGGUACAAUGAUAAGUGGCACCACUGCGACCCCUGCGAAGCUUGCCUUGAUGCACCACUGACCUACGAAGUCGGAUGGGGAAAGAAGCUGACCUACAUAGUCGCCUUCGGACAGCAGGAGGUCGUUGAUGUAACCGCGAGAUACACCCGUGACUGGGGCUCGGUCCUUGCGCGACGCACGGCUCUCUCGGAAGAGCAACUGGCCAAGAUCAUCGAAGACGCGGACUCGCGCUUAAGAGGGCCUCUGCCGAAACCUGCUUGGAGGGAGCAGGAAGAGUCUGAGCUCCAGAGCUGCAAGACGCAGCCGGAGGGCGUUUGCAGUCUUUCAGCAGCCGAGCUCUGUGGACGCACGUCCGGCUCUGCGGAAUGGCGCCAGGAGCGGGGAGAGCUGGGCGCGAGCCUUCCAAUCCUCGAAAGCAAGGACUCCACUCUGAUUCAUCUGAUCGACCCGGGAUGCGUGGAGGCUGUUCCUAGCUGCUCUCGUGCUGCCAAGCUGCUCUCGGGCGCGGCGCUGGGGGAUCUUUCUGGCGUGAGGUGCCUGGAGCUACGAAUGCCGAUGGCAGAAGUGGAGGUCCCGGCUUCUGACAUCGCCCCCGACGCCUUUCUGUCGGAGGAGGGCUUCACGGUAGAGGCCUGGGUCGCUGCUUUGGCGGAGGAGCUACACCCUCUGGCCCAUGCCAAUCCCCUCAUCUCGCGCCACGGCCCGGCAUCAGGCUGGGAACUGCGGCUUUGUGCCACGGGAGCCGUGGUCUUUCUCGUGACCGUCGACGGAAAGCACUGGGAAUUGGAAAGCCCCAGAUGUUGCGAGUGGCGUGGCCAGUGGAUCCACGUGGCUGGGACCUUCGAUGGCGAAGUUUCCCGCGUCUUCGUCGGCAAGGAGAUGCAAGGGGAGCUGCGAGUCGCUCCUUCCAAAGGCACCCGAGUGGCCUUUGAAGGGCCGCUGUGCCUUGGGAGAAAUCCAGCUUGGAAGGACCGCGGCGCCCGAUGUUGGCUUCAUGCGUCGCGCGUCGCGCGAUCCGUCGUGGCGGAGAGUGCCUUUCUGCCCGCGCCCAAAGUGGUGGCCACCGGCUUGGGGAACCGCAAGGUCCGCGCCACGAAGAUGAACGCCGACUCCUCGAGGUCCCACUUGAUGCUGAUCAUCAGCAUGGACGUGAUCGACAAGGAGACCGGCAGGCGGCGCUCUGGGAAGAUCUCGAUCGUGGACCUCGCAGGCUCAGAGCGCCUGAGCAAGAGCGAGGUCACCGGCGAGGCUCAGAAGGAAGCCAUCGAGAUCAACAAGUCCCUGACAGCGCUGGGGGAUGUGAUGAUGGCUUUCGCCUCCAGGGCCAAGCUGAUCCCGUACCGCAACCACAAGCUGACGCAGCUGAUGCAGGACAGUUUGGGGGGCUCGGCGAAGACCUUGAUGUUUGUCAAUAUUUCGCCGUCAUCGUCGAAUACGGAUGAAACCAUCAACUCUCUCAAGUAUGCGUCAAGGGCCAGGUGCAUCGAGAACGAAGUGAAAACGAAUAUGCCGGGCUUGAAGAGCACCGGGCGUUAG